AUGGCCAGCCGAACGCCUUUUGACCGCUCUGCCUCGCUCUCGCUGCCGCGGGCCGAAUCCCAAGACACGCCACAGCGAACACUCAUGCACCGAUCCAUGCGGCACAGCCUGCCGACACAGCAGCUGGACGAGCCUGGCAGCAUCGGCACCAUCAGCACCAUCUCGCCCGUCAUGUCGCCGCCAUCGCCCGGCUCGUCUUCGCGUCCGGGCCAUGACCGCGCACUGGCCUUCCACACUCCUUCUUACCGACAUCGCAUCCGCAACCGAAUGGCCGACGUCACCGGCAACAACAGCGGAAGUGGCAGUGGCAGUGGCAGCUCUUCGCGGCCAGUCUCACCCCUAUCUGACCCGCUGGCCGUGCCGAUGGCGCUGCCGCCGCUGUCCCAGUCGUCGUCGUCAUCCGGGUCGAUGGGCAGUCGCGACGGCGUCUUGCCCACAGACCAGUCAUCCACACCGCUGCCAUCACCGUCACCGCCACCGCCACCAUCCCACUCCUCUCACCACCGCGUCCGGAAGAUCCUGCGGCUCACCGGCAUCGGCAGCUCGUCGCGCAGCAGCGGGCACCACUCGCACAAAGCGUCUGCCGCGGCAGUCUUGCGGUCCACACAGACUACGCCCGACCUGCUGUCGCCGCUGGCGUCCCCGGCACCGUCGCGGCAGCGGUCGUUCAACAAGGUCCGUCAGCUGACGGGCAUGGACUUGGACGAUGGCGACAUAUCGGCAAAGCUGGCCUCCUCGUCCAUGCCGACGCUCGCUGGGUCCAGCCGGGCCAUGCCGACAUCGCUACCGUCCAGAUCGGCAAACGACCUCUGGGACACGAGCAUAUUUGACAGCGACGACGAUGACGACGAAGAGGUCGAAGACGAGUUGGAAGUAGACGACGACACCGCAACAGACCGGCGUUUCGACAAGGGCAAGAAUGCCUGCCACGAGAGCGACCCCGACGACGGCAUUCUGCCGAGCAGUGCAGCGGCAUACAUCUCUGCCAUGGCAGCAGCAGCAGAAGAAGAAGCACUGGCUGCUGCAGACGAGCUCACUCGAUGGCCAACAUUACCUGCGCAGAGACCGACCACUGCGGCACAGGCGAGCAAGGAGAAGAGCGUUGUCAAGAGCCACGGACGCAGUCACGCGUACAGCCUCAGCGGCAGCAGCGGACCCAAAUUUGUGCUCUUUCCGCCCAGCCAGGAGGCAGCGGCCAAGAUGUCGACCAAGACGGCGCAUCGGCACAUGUCGAUUGCGUCGCUCUCAGGACCGCCACGAGCACUGGCAUCGAUGACACAGCAGCAGCAGAUGCAGCAGCAGCAGCAGCUACACUACCAUCACAUGCGCAGCAAGAGCAACAGCAGCACGGGCGAGGCGACGCUGCAUAGUACGAGCAGCAGCUCGGGAGCAUCGAGCCGGUACAGCAGCUUCAGCACGUUCAGCGUGGGCGGCGUGAGCGUGAGUCUGAGCGAGACGAGCGUGGGCAGCGUGCCGGAGGACUUGGAGCAGGAGCAGGAGCAGGACGAAGAACAGGAGGAGCCGGAGCAAGAGCAGGAAGAAGAGUGGAUGCAGUCGCGGCAGUCAUUUAUACCACUGGUACCUCCUGUCGCUCCUCUACCACUGUCACUGCCCAGCCGACCGGCACGACCGAGCCGACCGGAGGAGCUCGUGCUGCCAGCCAAUUUGGUACAGGGUGCAGACGGCUCACAUGCGGGAUUGCAGUACAUUCAGUCGUCUACGGCAGCGGAGCAGCCGCGCAGUGCGUUUGACGACGACGACGACGACGACGACCGGCUGCGACUACGGGACAGCGUGCGGUGGUCGUCGCUAGUGGGCAAGAACCUGAGCAAGAAGCUGCGGCGACGGAGCGCCGAGGAAAAAGAGGGCAAAGAGGGCAAAGAAGGCAAGGAGACCAAGGAGGCCAAGGAGACCAAAGAAUCUCGGGAGCCUCUGCUGUCGCCGCUGCUGUCGAAGAAGCAACGGAUGGUGCAGGCAACGCGCAAAGUCAGCGGCCACAUGAGCCACGGGAGCACCAGCAGUUUCGGCAACGCACGAGACCAACAGCAUUGGCGCGAGGAGAUGAAGAGCCGCAUCCGGGUGAUCCCCGAGGGCAGCGAAGGCAGCGGGGGAGGGAUGAUCUAA